CAGUUGACGUAGGAGCGCGCGAAGAAGCAGACGACAGCGCAGGCGCCCAACGGCACCAACAUCAUCAACAACUCGGUCAGUUGGUCUUUGAGGGAUGGCAGAAGCGCAGCAAGCCCUUGAGGAAGAAGAAGAAGAAGAAGUAGGAGGAGGAGGAGGCGGAGGAGAAAAAGUGGUCGAGGAUUCGUUCUCUGCGCCUCUGGGAUCUGACCUCCAGGAAUCAACUUUAGAUGCGAGAGAGACUAAAAGCAUCCUCAUGGAAUCCCAAGUGAGAGCGGUGCUGGAAGCCGAGGGUGGCAAAGGAGCUGUCAUGACCUCGUGGAACGUUAUCCGCCAGAAGGAGUCGUCCCUCCACUUCGGCAGCAUCGUCGUCAAGUUGAAAAUUCACUUCCUGAAGAACAACGAGCCCCUGGAAAAGACUUACGUCCUUAAGCACAACCCCAACUUCAACCCGGCCUUCACCGCCUACGUCACGAUGCUCUUCAACAAAGAGAUAAGCUUUUACAAGACGCUGAGGCCGCUGCUGCAUCGCGAGAUAUCAGCCACUAGCCACACCCAGCUCAGCAUCCCGAGGUGCAUGUUCACUGCGCUGAAAGAAGGGCGAGAGAUCAUCAUCCUGGAGGACCUCAACUCGCGCGGCUUCCAGAACAUCGACAGGAAGAAGGGAAUGGACGUGGCCCACGCCUCUCUCGUCAUGGAGGAGCUCGCGAGAAUCCACGCGUCAUCUAUCCUGCUCAAAAAGAGGUUGGGACCCGACGAGAUGAGAAGUCAGUUCGACUUCCUGAAGAGAACCUGGUGGAAUUACAUGGAAGGUGCUGAGGAGAUGUUCAUCAUUAACAUGGAAGGUCACCUGGACAUUGCGGCGUCCGUACUGCAGAAACUCGGAGGGCACGAGGCAGCUGCCAACUGGGUGACUGCUCUCAAACCCAACAUACUGCAGAUGAUUCAGGGGCAAACGAAGGAUAAUCCACCCUUUGAUGUCCUCUGCCACGCAGACUGCACAAUCAGCAACUUUCUUUUUCGGUACAAUGGAGACCAAGAGGUCUCCAAAGUCGUAGUGCUGGACUUCCAGAUGUGCCUCCACGCCUCCCUGGCCAUCGACCUUUCCAGCUUCUUCUUCUGCUGCCUGGAAGGGCCCAUCCGACGAGCGAACCACAAGGUCUUCCUCGACAUCUACUUCCAGGCCUUCAGCAGAGUUCUGAGGGCGGCUGGACAGGUCAUCCCCUUCAGCCUGAACGACCUGGCGGAGGAGUACAAGAAGAAGAUCCUCUACGGCGCCAUCAUGGCCAUCCUGGUGGUGCCCUUGCUGGCCGCUGAGGGCGGGGAGGACGACGAGGCUCCGUCCCUGGAAACCAUCGUGGACGACAAGUCGUUUCUCGUCCAGAGGCAAGACAAACUUCGCAAGUGUCUGUGUCUGAACGGGCCCCUCCGGACGCGGUUCCUAGAUAUAUUCAGGGACCUGAUUGACCUUGGCAUCAUACAGAAUCAGCUUCCAUAAGGAUAAAAGUCAUUCAAUCUUCAUUCUUUGCCAUAAAAUUAAAACCAUUAGUAACAUUUGUAGAUCAUACGGAAACUGGAAAACCAGGUGUGUAAAAUAUUGUCAAGACUGCUUCCUAUAAGAGCCAAAAUAAACUUACAACGUUUGGCACUUAAGUCAGUUUCAUUCAUAAAAGCAAGCUUCAUUAUAAUGCACAUCAAUUCUAGAAAAGUUUAAUGCGCCAUCGACAAUCUACGAAUUGUUAGUUUUCCUCGGAAAUCCAUGAAUUUAUAUACAAAUCACGUGGUAGCCCUGUACUGAUUGGUACUUCAAAUAUAUCCCUUUUUCAUGUAAA